UAGUAUUGGUGAUAUGGGGUCCAUAACUCUCUCAUGGAAUCUGAGUUGAAGCUGCCACUCAAAACCAGUCUCUAUCAUCGGAAGGCACUUCCUUCUAUUGGGGCUGCUACCGUAUUUUUCUAUUCAAUCCGUGUAUCACAUAUUGGAUUCUGUAGAGGGUUAGAAAGAGAAUGGCUUCGUUGACGCUGAAUUUGUUGAAGGACGAGCUCCCCGUGGAGCAGGAAUCUCUGGUUUUGUCUGGGGAGGUCAAGACCGGUCUCGUUCUAGUCGACCUCGUUAAUGGCUUCUGCACCGUCGGUGCUGGCAAUAUGGCUCCAAGACAACCUGAUAAGCAAAUUUCUGGGAUGGUUGAUGAGUCGGUGAGACUUGCCAGAGGGUUCUGUGAGAAUAAAUGGCCUGUUUUUGCUUUCCUUGACUCGCACCACCCAGAUAUUCCUGAACAUCCGUAUCCUCUUCAUUGUAUAGCUGGAACAGAUGAAGCAAAACUGGUCCCCGCCCUGCAAUGGUUAGAGAAUGAACCAUCUGCAACACUCAAGUGCAAAGACUGCAUUGAUGGCUUUGUUGGGUCAAUUGAAAAAGAUGGAUCCAAUUUGUUUGUAGAUUGGGUAAAAAAUAAUCAAAUAAAAAAGAUUUUGGUGGUAGGGAUAUGCACGGAUAUAUGUGUGCUCGAUUUUGUGUGCACAACAUUGUCUGCUAGAAAUCGUGGUUUCCUUGCACCUUUGGAGGAUGUGAUCGUGUAUUCCCAUGGAUGUGCUACUUUUGAUCUUCCUGUUCAUAUUGCCAAAACUCUAAAAGAUGCUAUAGCUCAUCCACAGGAGCUAAUGCAUCACGUAGGCCUUUAUAUUGCCAAGGGAAGGGGAGCCAAGGUAGUGUCAGAGGUAACAUUUGGUGCACCAAAAGAGCCAUGAUCUUGGUGGUUUGAGAUUCAAGCUUUCUCAUAUGCAGAGAGUGCAAAAUGUAGUGAAAAUGGAGAUGCUUUAGGUAUAUCUGUUAAUUUGUAAUCAUGCUAUAAUGUCACCAUCUCAGUAGUAUUAUUAUUAUAAAAAAAUAAAAAUAUUUAUCAUUA